AUGCUGCAAGAGUAUGAUUUUGAGAUCAUACACAGGCCAGGCAAAGCCAACACAAAUGCAGAUGCCUUAUCUCGCAUUCCUCAUGCAGAGCAAGUACAUCAACCUAACACUGAUGAUAUACCCUCCCCACCCAUUUCAACAGAACCCAUCUCAUCAACCCGCACAUAUGCACAAGUAGCUGCCACUGCUUCAUCUCCACUCUUAUCCACUCCAAUUUCACAUUCGAUGUCACCAUCAAGCAGCCCCAAAGUGUCAUUCCCUCAUCACCAAGGCAACAUGAGGUUUACACCCUCGACUGCCACUUCUCCCCAUUAUGCCAAUCCCAAUACAGGCAACAAGAGGUCUACACCCUCGACUGCCACUUCUCCCCAUUAUGCCGAUCCCAAUGCAGGCAACAAGAGGUCUACACCCUCGACUGCCUCUUCUCUCCAUUAUGCCAAUCCCAAUACAGGCAACAAGAGGUCUACACCCUCGACUGCCACUUCUCACCAUUAUGCCAAUGCCAAUACAGGCAACAAGAGGUCUACACCCUCGACUGCCCAUUCUUCCCAUUAUGCCAAUCCCAAUGCAGACAACAAGAGGUCUACACCCUCGACUGCUCAUUCUUGCCAUUACGCCAAUCCCAAUGCAGGCAACAUGAGGCCUACACCCUCGACUGCCUCUUCUCUCCAACAUGCUAAUUCUCACUCCGACAACAAGAGGUCUACACCUUCAACUUCCUUCACUCGCCAAUAUGCUUAUUCAAAAGCAGGCAAUAUGAGGUCUACACCCUCAACAGCCUUAUCUCACAAACCAGCCAGCCAUGCUCAUCCAAGUCCCAUGCCACCUACUGACAAGAAGACAAACAAGUCGUUCACCACUGCUACAAAAUCCUCCAACAACAGUGUCCACACCAAACUACCAUUCAUGUCUCGUCCCUCCAGCCAACUGAGGUCUUCUUCCUCUUCAACCAAAUCAUGUUCAUCUCCACAAAACAACUUUCCAAAGCAUACAAACAUUGACAAUGACACUCUUGACUCACACAGUGUCUCAUCAGAAGAUAUCAGUAGAGAUGACAUAACAUCCUCUAUAUCUGUAGACUUUGUCUACAAGUCGGGUCCUCACGAUCCUCCUUCAGGCCCUAUGGUCUUUGUUAUAGGAACUGAUCUUGAUGAUAAAGACUUGGCAGAAAAGCAACGUAAAUCCCCUGACCUUCGUCCAAUCAUGGACUACAUUGAAAAAGGUGAAAUACAGAUACACCUAUACAGAUGUUCAAGUCAAGGGUCUAACUGGCCUUGCUCAAGAGUAUGA